GGACCACUGUCUUAGUCGGUAUCUUGCAUCCUCUGACAGUCUUUUGAGCAAGAAGAAUAAGUCGGCAGCGCAAGUCCGGCCUUGACGGACUCGGCCGCUUCAUCAUACGACUUCCCAUACUGCGUCAACAACUGACAAAAGCACAUACAAGUACUGGCUUACAGCAACACCGAGGACACCCAGCAGAAUGGCUCAGUUUGCUCAUACACAGCUCAUCAUAGUGGUAACAGGGGCAAACGGUGGGGUCGGUUUUGGUGUUUGUCACCGACUACUAGUCCAGCUCUCCGAGCACAACCCGCCAGACGCGACCCCUCGCUUCGACAUCAAGCUUGGCAGUGGUCAAGGCGAAUUCGAGUACAACGCGUCAGCAGCGGGGGUCAAUAUCAUUCUCGCGUGUCGCGACCUGAAACGUGCGGAUGAUGCUAGAGCAGCACUCUAUGGACUCCUCGACGCGCACAUCGCCUCACUACCUGAACACUCGGUCGCACGCGAGUAUGCGCUGGAAUUUCGGAAGAAAGUGCAGUUGGAAACGCAUAAGCUCGAUCUCAGCGAGACGCGGAGCGUGCUGCAGUUUGGGCGGGAAGUCUCACAAAAGUACCCAUAUAUCUCACAUUUAAUAUGCAAUGCUGGCGUUGCGAAGUACAGCCAUCUAGACUUCCCCAAGUUUUUCCGUCAAUGCUUUGAAUCACCGACAGGAGCCAUACACCAUCCUGCAUUCAACAUACAAAAGACGGGUACUAUGAGCACUGAUGGACUGGGCUAUGUUUGGCAAUGCAAUGUCUUUGGGCAUUACGCGCUGUUCCGCUCAAUACAACCGCUUCUCUCAAAGUACUCAUCGAAGAGCUCAACGCCUCCGAGAGUGCUUUGGACGACGUCGAUUGACGUGCUUCCGGCAUAUAACCCGGCCGACGACUGGCAGCUCACUAAAACGGAUGCCUCGUACCAGGCAUCUAAGUUUCAGCUGGAUCUCAUGUCGAGGGAGCUUGCGCGGCGAAGUAGCGAAGACGACGGGAAGGUUGUGCAUGUGCUCGUGUCACCUGGUAUCACGGCGACGAAGAUGGCUGCGGAAUUGCUACGCCCUGUCAUCCUCGAAUGGCUAAUGCUUCUCUUCUUCUACUUUUGCCGCCUACUCGGCUCGCCGAACGUCCUCUUCUCAACGUACAAGGCGGCCAUCGCCGCGUCGAACCUCACGCUUCUCCCAAUUGAGCAUAUACCGCGGUACAUCGACGGUGGUGCGUUUCCAAAGUUCAGUGCACAGAACGAUCGGUGGGGUACAGAGAGCAUCGGUGUUGAAGCAGUCACGGAAUGGGAAGAUCAUCCCGGAGAGGGAAAGGAGAUAGUCGACCGGUGCGAGCGGUUGUAUAAGGCUUUCGUUGGGGCUGAGUGUAAGACCAAUGGUGUAGGUAACGGGGUCAAUGGGGUCAACGGCAUUAAUGGGGCAUCCGUGCAUUCGUAGUGGAUUCCGAGCCAAUCAUUUGACCGUUGGUCGUAGUUCACCCGACAUCGUCGUCUAUUCUUGUUUUCUCCUAGUCCUGUAGAGCACGUUGCAUAUUAGAUAGUAUAGGUGGACUGCGUUGCGCAUUUAAUCACAAUACCCACAUCC